AGCACCGGAGGAGCGACCUUCGUUCGGCUGGGCAGGGACUCGUCGCGGCGGCCACGACGCGAGCGGCAUCACGUGUGUGUAUAGUCUAACACACACGAGAAGGCGCGCCCUCAAUUUUUCCUGGGUGCUUGCCAUAUAACGCGAACAGCUGGGUCGCUCGAACGGUUCGCGCCCGAGAAAGCAAGGAACCUGGCUUACCCUUAGCUGCUGCGGCUCCGGCGGCGAGCUGUGGCGGAGUAUCCGACAUUGCUGCUCUCUAAUCGCCGCUGCUCCCGGUUGGCGUGUCGAGUAGAGUCCGGUCCGACGAUACAGCAAGCGCCGGUCACCUGUAUUGCGGACAUUUACAUUUAUGUUUUACUGGAGCCCUACUUCGGUGCCACUUCUUUCGUCAACGUCAUCAUAUCCCGUGUCUCCGUCAACAAGCUACGACGCCGGGCUCGUGUUUUAGUCGAGGGAAGAAGUUUUAAUCACGACAAGACGCAGCUACACGACGACAUCCCUGAAUUUGAGUUCGUCGCCGAAAUUUCCAGUACCGAUAUACCAUAUGGACUUCAGUGACUGCAGGCUGAAGCAUUACUGAAGUCUUAUACAGCGGCUUCUAGUAGUGUUAUUACGUACUUCUGCGGCUGCGCAGGCACACAGGAGUAACUGAAGGAUUUCAACUCUUUCGAUGAAAUCGUACCUGCCUUCUGCCACCCCUUUCAUGUUUGGUGAUUUCAAUCGAGGUUAUUUUAAUAUAAAAUUAUAUUUUACCCUUGAUAUAAGGCAAUUAAAAGCCCCAUAAAAAGGUCAACGUGACCCGACUAAACGCUACAUAGGGUUGUUCAGAAGUAAGGCUUUAUAGACGUUGGAAGCCAUGACUGCGAUGAAGGAGUCGUUGACUAUUCUAUGUAUUAUAAGGAGGUCUUACUACUCUGACGGAAAUUUGCACUUCCGUCCAAGUCCACAUCUCAUAGCACAAUCAAUCGUUUAUUGUACUCAUAUGCCAGAGCCUGCUUAUUAUGUGCGGCGACGUGGAGCUAAAUCCCGGUCCUCCCAAAACUGAUGCCACAAGGACUAACGCUGAGGUACUUGCGGCAAUUGAAUCCCUCUCUAGUAAUCUGGAAUCGCGUCACGCAGAGCUGAUGUCGACGCUCGACGUAGUCAUGGCGAGUCAAAGAAACCUCGAAAAUCAAGUGUCCGACAUCAGCUCCAGAUUGGCAGCAGUCGAAAUGAAGGUGAACGCACUCGAAGGGGUUCGUGAUCAUCUCCAAGGUCACCGCUCCGCUUCCAGUGACACGUUCAGAAGCGAAUACCCCGUGCCUCAGCAGCACGUCGAUGAUCAAGAGGAUAAGUUUCGCAGGGACAACUUGAUCAUCUAUGGUGUUGGGGACAGCUCGACCGAAACGUCGUCACAGACCGAACAGAAGGUGCGAUCUCUUCUUUCGGACCAUUUGUCCGUACAACUUUCCGAGAAAGAUAUUUUGCAGGCACGUAGAAUAGGUACUUUUGUUGACAAAAGAUGUCGCCUAAUCGUCGUUAAGUUUUCUUCUCUUGGCGUCAGAGCCAGCGUUCUCUCGCAGAGGUCCAAACUGAAAGGCACUGGAAUCAACCUGCAAGAAGACUUCUCCAAACCUAUAAGGCAGGCACGGAAGAAGCUUUUCGAUUUUGGCAAGGCUAGCGGACAUCCUUUCAAUUUGCAUUACAACAAACUUUACAGCAACGGGAAAUGUUACGUGUACUGUGCUGAAACAGACACCGUACGGGAAGUGGAGCCGCAUAGCGCGACUGCCAGUGCUGCUGAAACAGUAACGCCUUCAACUGUAACUACUGAGCGCGCCAUAACAAUACCAGCAAGAGACUACACUAUUCUAUUCACAAACAUAAGGAGCGUCUUCAACAAACGCCACGCACUAUCGUCCUUAAUUGACACUUGCUUGGCAGAUGCGGUCGUGCUAACGGAAACGUGGCUGUCGGAAAAAGUUGACAACUGCGACCUGUUCAUGUGCGAGAAACACUACACCGUCUACAGACAUGACCGCUGCGGGCGCUCCGGUGGAGGAAUACUGACAGCCGUCUCUCGCGACAUUACUUCUUUCGAGGUUCCAAUUCCAUCUCCCCUUGAAUUUCUUUGCACAUGCAUUCGCGUAAAUGAAAAGGAGGCGAUAUUUUGCGUCUGUUACCGAGCACCCGGCCCAGCUGCGUCUUUUUGCGACGACCUGUACGAUUGCCUCACCAAAGUGGUGGGUAGGUAUCCCAAGGCUCCAGUUUUUCUUCUGGGGGACUUCAACUUCCCUGGCAUUGUGUGGAACGAUCCGUGCCCCAUUGUGACUUCGGGCUCGUCAGAGUGCUUGACCUUCAUUGACAUGUGCGCAGCGUUUAAUCUUUGCCAGCUCGUAAAAGAACCCACACGCGUCACGGCGUCGUCUGCGAACGUGCUGGACCUGGUGCUGACCACUGCCCCUGCGUCUGUUUCCUCCCUGACUUUACUACCGGGACUAAGCGACCAUGCCGUCAUCCAUUUCACUAUCUCGCCGCGUUAAUUUUACAGCGCAGCCCUUAGGUGCGCAAGUUUCUGCGGCAAGCGUUGGUGUCGGCGUAACCUAGAGAGCGAAGCGCAGCAAAAAGAUGAAAGAGCGAACACGGAGCGCGGAUAGAGGACGUCAAUAGCGAAGAGAGGAAAGCAAAGGAGAAUGGUGCAGCGGAACCGUGAGGCAGAGAGCGGAGGAGGAGGGUAUGGCGAAAGCGGGAGAAAUGUGUAGUGCCACGCAAGACGGGCUUUACGGCGACGAUGGCUACGAGAUGGCGCCAGAGUAGCGCGCGUCGUCUGUAUGGAAACAAAGCGCUGCAUGAGCGGAGGUUUGUCUGCGGAGGCUGCUGGUGAAUCGCGCACACGCGUGGCGAUCAGCGAGGCAGUCGCGGCACACUUCGCUCCGUUUGCAACGUGCCGCACGAGUCAGAUUGUCCGCGCCAGCCAAUAUAUCGCGAAAUGAAAACACGUAUACAGCUGCGCUCAAAUUUCGCGUUAGGUAGUAUCGUAAUCAUCGGUGAAUGUUUUCGGUUGGGACAGCGCGUGCUGACGUAAAAUUAUACCAAUUCUGGUUUUCGUUGCCGUUAUUGACGGUCAUGCUAAGCCUACUGCAGGACUGCGACCCAUCCCGAUUUCUUAAUGUACGUCUGUCUCGCCUAGCUCCGCCUUUCAAAGUUUCUUUGUCUCUUCCCUCCAUGUUGUGGGUACCGGCUGCUGGCUUUGGCUUGAAGAGCAGACGCAGGCCCAUUGCCUACCACUAACUUACCAACUACCUUAUCAAAAGUAGCCGAGUGGUUCAGUUGCAAUACGUGAAAACACGUCACCAACAACUAGAGACCAAAUGCACGCAUUGAGUGUGGUUGAGACGGAGUUCCUAAAGAAGCGCCCAGCGGAACGAAAACGUUUUUUGUUACGUUGCGAAGCGUUAUGCAGAACGCGGGCGUAUGCUGAUUAGUAAACAUGAGACAAGAAAACGAUGCUAGGCGGCUAUGAUCAGCAACAAGCGUAAUGAACAUUACAGCCGGAAGCGGAAAGCGGAACAAUGACACGUGGCGACCAUGAAUAUCAUAGUGAGUAUCGUUUCUCUCUUUAAGCUUCAUUCAGUAUACACCCGGAUCGGUAAUCUAUGGCUACAACAGGCACGACAAGACGAAUCCAAUUGGUGUUCACCGGAGACUUUAAGGUCUUCAUACGAAAACCGGUAAACCGGUAGUUACCGUCCUCCAUUGAAGACGUCCUCAGUGCGUGUCUUGUCAGCUGUCACCCUAGCCCGUCACCACUGCCUACGAAGAAAACUGGUGGCAGAAUUGACCGCUUGAUUGCUACGGAGUUCGAGACGUCGUUACGUCUCGUGUUUCUCGACGCAUGCACUGCUUCUCACCGUUGUGUGAUGUAACCAGUAACGCCAACGAGAAGAUAGGAAGAAACAAUGGUUCGGUCUGCGCAUGGCCUCCAUUCAUUACACGACGCCCGUGCAACUGUGUGAAAAGGUGCAAGUCGAACUCACAUCGGCGAUCACGAACACUGGCAUUUCUAUAGACGAUGCAUAACGUGAACGAACUCUUGUAAGUGGCGGUUAGAGCGAAGGACUAACAAACACAUGUGUUGCAUCUAAUAAACUUAGUGUGCAUUUGUGCCGUAUUGAAACGGACGCCGCACCUACAUCGAAACAUUUGCAUCAUUACGUUAUAUUUCCACAACAUAUGUACCGUAUGCUAUAUGUGUAUGUCAUGUACCAUGUGUCCCGCGUAGCUUCUGCCAAAAUUUAAAAAAAAUAUGCAAACACCACGUAGCUUGACCGAACUAAGGUAACGUUAAUUGUUUGCCGUUGCUUGGAGCAAGUCUCAAUUUUUUUUGUAUUUGCCUAAAUACAUAUUUAGUUAUUAUUAAUGAAUCACCUGCUCAAACAUUAUAUUCAGAGCAAAAGCUGUCAAUGAGAAAAUCGUAGACCAUCCUGAAAAAUUUCCCUAUACAGCUUUCUGUUACUCAAUACGUGCUACAUAAAAGUGUCUCCCAAGCCUGAAAGAAAGUACGCAAAAUACGCAAAAGGGCAGCGCGAGUCACGCGGCACCUUUUGUGUUUCGAAAACGUUGGACACAGGUUACGUGGGACACCCAGUAUGUACAGGACGAUUUAUGUAUGCGUUACACGUGCAAAAGCAUAAGAGCCACAUUUUCUAUAGCAGCAUAAGUGUAAUACCAUAAAUCGUGUGACAAGGAGUUAGCCGGCACCCUAUUCAUGCGCCAGCAUUUCUUUUUUAUCGUUUCAAUAAAAAAGAAUAAUGUGCGUAAACAUCAAUAAAAGCUUCGCUUAACACCGAUCCCCACAUAGGCCUGGAGUCUGACUUCUUUAAUUGCGUAUGCAUUUCUAUGCCUACCCAACGAGGAAACCCG